UUUUUUCGUUCUGUAAACAAGGUGAUGUUGUUUUUUAGAUGUUAAAAAAAUAUUUUUUCCUAAAUGAUAUGCAGUGAGAGACGGAAAAGUGGGCCCGGCGGCAUCAGUAACCAAUAACAGUGCCAUGGGAACAUAAACAUGUAGAGGAUCAUCCUUAUUAUUGUUAAUUGAAGAAGAGGAAGACCUAACAUAAAGAUGUCCGUUACGGAGCUGAAGGAGCGUCACUUGGCGGCGACGGAAACCAUCAACAGUUUGAGGGAGCGCUUGAAGGAGAGGCGUCUAUCAUUGCUCGAUACAGAUAUUGCUGGUUACGCGAGGUCUCAAGGUAGAGCCCCUGUCACCUUUGGUCCCACCGAUCUCGUUUGUUGUAGAGCGCUCCAGGGUCAUACGGGAAAGGUGUACUCAUUGGAUUGGACUUCAGAAAAGAAUCGAAUUGUUAGUGCAUCCCAAGAUGGGCGAUUAAUAGUGUGGAAUGCUCUAACAAGCCAGAAAACUCAUGCCAUAAAGCUUCCCUGUGCGUGGGUCAUGACCUGUGCUUUCUCCCCAACUGGUCAAUCCGUUGCAUGUGGGGGCCUUGACAGUGUUUGCUCCAUUUUCAAUCUUAAUUCCCCCGCCGACAGGGAUGGGAAUCUAGCCGUUUCACAGAUGCUUAGUGGACAUAAAGGUUAUGUUUCCUCUUGUCAGUAUGUUCCAGACGAAGAUACUCACUUGGUUACUGGUUCUGGUGAUCAGACAUGUGUUUUAUGGGAUAUUACUACUGGCUUUAGAACAUCUGUUUUUGGUGGUGAAUUUCAGUCUGGACAUACUGCAGAUGUUCUUAGCAUUUCCAUUAAUGGAUCCAACUCUAGAAUGUUUGUAUCUGGUUCUUGUGAUUCAACUGCCCGAUUGUGGGACACUCGUGUGGCAAGCCGAGCAGUGCGGACAUUUCAUGGGCACCGGGGGGAUGUUAAUACUGUCAAAUUCUUUCCUGAUGGAAAUAGAUUUGGAACUGGCUCAGAUGAUGGAACUUGCCGAUUGUUUGACAUUAGGACCGGCCACCAACUACAAGUAUAUCAUCAGCAACAUGGUGACAAUGAAGCUGCACAUGUGACCUCCAUUGCAUUCUCCAUAUCUGGAAGACUUCUUUUUGCUGGAUAUACAAAUGGUGAUUGCUAUGUUUGGGACACUUUGUUGGCAAAGGUGGUCUUGAAUUUAGGAUCUCUUCAAAACACUCACGAGGACAGGAUCAGCUGUUUAGGUUUGUCAGCUGAUGGAAGUGCCUUGUGUACAGGAAGUUGGGAUACAAACAUAAAGAUAUGGGCAUUUGGAGGGUAUAGGAGGGUGGUUUGAGCCAUCAAGUAUUUUUUUUGACCACCUUUGUCUAAGCCUCUCCUUUCAUUGUAUUGCGGUUCACUACAGCCCAAUAGCGACGCUUUCGAUGGUGAAUGUGAAGAAAAAUUGGAAGCCAAAGGCUAUAUAUAGCCUUUAAAAAUGGAUUUAGUGGGGCGGUUAGUUUAUCCCCGUACCUAUUGGUCCCUGUAUGUGAGCUGCUAGUUUUUUCCAUUGUACUCAUCGCUUUGAUACCAAAAUGAAGGACUGUUUACUUUUGUCACCUCAAUUUUGUUCCAAGACAUUACAACUUGGUAAGACCAACCUACUUCACCUGCCUCAAACCGCAGUGACAGACAAAUGGAGUUAAAUAAUGUUCAUAACCAUAUAAAUAACUUCAAUAAAAUAAACGAGACGAUACAUUUUGCUUGAAAUAUUUAUUCAUGAGAAUGAGAAUUACAUUAUUGAA